AUGGACCACACCUUGUCUCCACCGUUGCUCUCGCCACGGCCCAUUGUCACAGUCACCGCCGGUUUACCCUUGUUUUGCCCGCUUGGCCCUCGCAACUUGGCAAUUGCCUUCUUUGCUUGGGUCCCAUUCCAUCCACGAGUGGCAUCGCCCUUCGCAUCUGUUGUCACUACCGCGCCUGGGCCCUUCUCCUUUUUCAUCAUCACGCCUCGGUACAACCAGCCGCCACCAUAUCCCUAA